AACCAGUUUCUCGACAUGUAUUGACCAAUCUCAUAUAUUGAGACGUCUGUGCAGACCUUCUGUUGGCUGUUCACGCCAAGUCAGCGGCGUGCACUUCAGGCAGAUCUGAAGUUCCCGGAACCUCUUUCAUAGCUUGGCUUACUUUCGACAUCGCUGUCCUGAAUAGAAUUGUCGUCAGGGAUCACAAUAGUCAUAAAUCUGGACAAAUUUGACCUCAACGUGAUUGAAUCCUGCAGGCUAUAGAACUGGAUGCCCGGGGAAAGUAGAGGUAUUCAGCAAGACUAAUGCAUAUAAGACGCAGGAAACAGCUCCUUAGUUUCACGUUAUAGCUUAGCUUGCUUGCCGCUAGCAGGGCUGAAGUGCAAGGCCACGAUGCACCUGCAGCUGUGUGUGGUAGCCAUCCUGCUCCUGAGCGCCCAAGUAGGAGCACAAGGUCCAGGCAACCCGCCACGACCGCCAGGAGCUUUUCCAGCUGGAGGAGGGGGCCCGGGCGGUGGCGCGCCUACAGUGCAGUAUCUUCCGCAGGGAAUUGUGGCUGUCGGAGCGAAUCCAGCAGGCGGCUCUGGCGGUAGCCCGGGCGCUGCAAGCCCUGCCGCAAACACCUCGCCCUCCUUGGCCGCGCAGCCAUCUCCCUCCCCAGCCCCAGCCUCCCCUGCAUCCCCAUCUCCGAGCCCUCCAGCCAACCAGGGCCAGCAGGGCGCCCCUGUGCAGGCCCCUCCCGUCCCACAAGUCAGCCCGGCAGCUAACCCCACCCCCACACCACCUGCGCAGUUCCCGCAGCAGACGCGCGGGCCAGCCGCUCGGCCGACACCCAAGCCGGCAGCCGUGGCAGGAACGCCCCAGGCCCAGCCGGUGCCUGCUCAGAACGCUUCCCCUGCGAGCGCGCCGGCAACCGCGCCUGCAGCGGAUACAGCAUUGCCGCCGGCCGCGGUGCAGGUGCAGGUGCAGGACGUCAGGAACACAGUUGUGGACGCGCGGCUGCGGCUGCUAGGGCCGCGCGUGUGGCCGUUCGAUGCGCGCGCUCAGGACGCGCUCGUGACGGCCCUCGCCAGUGUCAUGACCGCCGUCCCCAGGAGCGCCAUCAGCGUGGUCAGCGUUGCUCAGGACCCGUCACAGGCAGGGCGCAGGCUGCAGCAGGCCACACCGGCGACUGAUGCGCAUGUGAGCGCUAAGGCUGGCGAUGCUGCCACUGCCAACACCGCCAGAAGUCAGCUCCAGGAAGCUGCUUCCAAUGGCAAGCUGGCGGAUGCUCUGAGGCAGAACAGUGUGGAGAUUGACUCUGUGAGCCUCCUGUCCGCUGACUUGGCAGCACCAGAUGCAGCCGGCAGCAGCAGUGGUCCCAAUAUUGGAGUCAUUGUCGGGGGCAUUGCAGGAGCGGUGUGCGGCAUUGCUAUCAUCAUAGUGGCAGUGCUGUUGUUCAUGCGCCUCAAGCGCAGGCACAAGAACGCUGUGCCAAAGGCAGCCGUGCAGCCAGAGCCGGAGUUCAAGGCCAAGCCCUUCUAUGAAGCAUACAGCAAGGGGCCGGAGCCUGACAUGACUGACAUCGAGGCAGAUGCAGUCUUAGACAGCACUAGAGCCAAGCCCCAGCCGGUGGAGCAUGCUUUGGCGAGGAGCGCGAGGGGAUCAGGGGCGCUGGUGGCUGCACACAGUCGCAACAACAGCAACGUGUCGGAGCGCGUGCAGACCACCAUCGACAGCCUGCAGUCCCACAUGGACGAGCUGAAGCAGAUGGCGCCAGCACUGCCGGAGGCGGAUGAGGUGGAGCCGCAUGCGCCGUUGCACCUGACCCCGUCGGAGUCCAUGCACCCGCUCGGGCGCAUCGCGGCCGCCAACUCGCAGCUCUCCGCCUUCACAUCGUCCCUGGAUUCGGCCUCUGCCCGGCCUACUGUUGCCAAGCGGAGGAAGCUGGCGGCGCCUGGGGCAACUGGCAGCAAGGUCAUGCAGCUGAACGGAGUGAUGCAGUACCUCACAGAAAAUUCGCGCUUUGCAGGUGUGCUGGACAUGUUUGAUGUGGACGAGGUGGCGCUGGGCAACGGGGUGCACAAUCCAGCAUGCAUAGUGACAGAGCGGGGAGCCUACUCCCUGGCCACUUACAUGAGCAGGAUGGAGCGGAAUCCCAGCGCCUCCCGCCAGAAGUCCACCCUCACUCAGCUGCUCGACUGCGUUGCAUAUCUUCACGGCCGCAGCAUGGUGCACCGGGACGUUCAGCCGAGCAACCUGGUGUGGUCGGACGGCGUGUCCAGGUGGCGGCUGACCGGGUGCGAGUCGUGGGCGCGCAAGGGCAGCGACGCGCCGCUCUCCUACUCCCUACGCUACGCCGCUCCUGAGGCAAUACUGCAGGUUGUGAUGGCGGAUUGCAUGGGCGUGGCGAUGCGGUUGAGGAUGGCAGAGGCUGCCAAAGCGGCGCGGCCGGCAGCCGACGCAGCGCAGGCGGCCGGUGCCAGAGGGGACGCCGAGGCGGCAAGCGUUGCAGAGGGCCCCACACACCACGUGGUGCAGGCGGCAACAGACAUGUGGGCGGUGGGUGCAUGCGCAUGGGAGCUGCUGACGGGACGGCCGCUGUUCGGGGACAAUUUCUCAGACGAGGAUGUCGUCAUGGCCCUGCUGGGAGUCAAGCCGUUGCCCUUUGAGGCUGACCCAUCCCUCUGGGUGCUCUUCCACGACCCCCAGAUGAAGAAUCCUGUGUUCCCGACCAUUGUCUUUGGGGAGAGAGUGUCUCACCUGCAGUUCCUGCGCCUGCCCCGCGCCCGGGACAGGGUGAAUGCAGCAGACGGUGCCGGGCCAUGGGCGACAGUUGGGGUUCUGGUUGAGAAGUCCAAGCCGCGCUCCAGUGCCAAGGGGUCCAUGUACUCGCUGUGGAAGCUCUCAGACCUGGAUGGGACAAUGGUCACGAUGUUCCUGUUUGGGGACUCGCACCAGGAGCACUUCAGGGAGUCAGAGGGGUCGCUGGUGGCCAUCAUGAAUGCAGUGGCUGAGAGUGAUGGGAAGGGCCUGACUCUGAAAGUCAAUGAGGCCUCCUCCAUCCUCAAGCUGGCCACAUCUGCUGACUUUGCUUUUUGUGGGUCCAGAAAGAAGGAUGGCUCGAAGUGCCGGAACCCUGUGAACAUCAGCAAGUGCCGAUUCUGCGACUACCAUGUCCAGUCAGAGUCAAGGCGCGUCAACAACAGCAGGGGCGUGCUGCAGGACAGCUCACAUGCUGCCAGGCUCAACACCCAAGCCGAGCAGGCAGCUCAGCGGCAGAAGAAGCCCAAUUUUGCGCCGUAUGUCCCCAAGCAGAUGACUGAUGACGAGCUGGCUGUCCAGACUGUCAGCUACAGCUCACAGGGGGCCAGGCAAAUCACGGCGCUGCGGAAGGCCGCUGCGCAAGAAAACUCCUGUCAGUCGUCUGCAGCUCAAAGGCCCAGCAAUGCUCUUCAGACAGGGGCUGAGCAUGCGUCCAUCCUGACAGGCCGCAGAGAUCAGGAGGGCACCAGGGAGCUGCCUUGCUACACAGGCGCGCGACAAGCGCCACCCAGGGUACGGCAGCAGCUGCAAGCAAUCAUGACGCUGCCGAGGACGGCCGGGGUGGACCCUGCCAGGCCCCCUCGCGCACCCCUGCCGCCGCAGCAAACCCCUCUAGCGGCGCGCCCGGCCGCCACGGCGCCCAUCCGGCCGCGGCCAGCCGCACCCGGCAGCUCUGCACAGCCCGGCACUUCCGCGCGGCCGGCCGGCGACGCACGCGGCGCCUUUGCAAUGCGCACCAUUCCAGGCAGCGGCAGCGGCACAGCAGCCGUCGCUGGGAGACCGGCAUUGCAGCACGGGCUGGGCCGCAGUGCUGGGGGCGCUGCGCAGGCCAAGAGGGCAGAGGCAGGCUUUGUCAUGCUGGAGGAGGCGGAGAUCGAGUGGGAUGCGGCGGAUGUGGCUGCCCUGAAGCGGCACAGCCGCCCAGGCAGCAGUGUGCGGCAUGUGGACAGGAGCUCCGGCCCCGAGGAUGAUAAUGAGGAAGGAGGCAAUUCUAGCCACGUCCGGCUCUCAGGUGUGAGGUGCCCCGAGCCUGCAAGCUUUGCUGCUGGAUCUUCGCGAGGGCCGAGUGUGGCCGCAUGCCGCCAGGGUGCAGGGUCCCAUCCUGCUGACACAGCAGCUGAGAGGGCCCGGCAGGAGGCUAUGCGCAAAGCUGUGGCGCUUGUCAAGACCUGCGGUAUGUUUCUGCCGGUGCAUUGCGCGCUCUUCGCCCUGCAUGGCGGCAUUGAAGCUGCCAGGGAGGCAGCAAAGAGGGAUCAGCAGGCCACCGCUGUCAAGCAGGGAGACCGCCAGCCGGCGGAUGCAUCUGGGACCGUCCCACAGCAGUCCGCUCCCAGCGCUGGCCCCACUGCUGCCCCUACCAGCUCAGGCACUGGGCCAGGAGCCAAGCCUGCAGGGCGCCCAUCAACCAAUUUCUAUGGGGCUCCUGCGGCGGCCUCCACAGCACACCGGGGCGGUGCCGCAGCAGCGGUGACUCAGCCGAAGGCCGCCGCGGCCAGGUCUGGCACGCGCACAAGCCUGGAAGUGAAGCUGGGCCUGCGCCCGAAGAGCAGCGUCAAAGCUCCAGGCUCCUCUGCAGCGCGCGCCAAACCCCUGGUCGUCCAUCCUGGCACCUCAGCCUUUGCGGCUGCAUUUGGGAGUAUUGUCACCGAGGAGGACAUGCAGAACGUGGGGACAAGGUACAAGGAGACUGUGGAUGAUGAGGAGGCAGAGAAGCUGGAUAAGCUGCUGGGGAGCAUGCAGAAGAAGGACGAGCUGCAGCAGCGCGGAGAGGCCAUCACACAGCUGUCCGUCACCGCUUGGCACUGCACCACCUGUGACAUCAUCACCGAGCGCCGCAAGCCCAAGUGCCAGGAUCAUGCUGGCAAGCGGGUGGAUGCAACCAAGCGCUGGUGGACUUGCAGCGGCUGCAACAACCGCUUCACCACAGUCGGCGUCAAGUAUCCCAAAAAGCGCUGCCCCAAUCCCAGGUGUACGGCACCGAACAGUGAGUUCAAGAAGUCCAGCAUGGGGCGCGCGGCAAAGACCCUGGCUGGCGCAGAGGCGCCCGUUGCAGCGCGUGAGCACUUCCUGCCAAGAGGCAAGGAGCAUGGCUUUGCGGUCAACAGCUAG